GUUAGCACGUUGGCUUGGGAACGAACUAACACUUUUGUUUACCUAGCUAGCUAGAUUUGCGUGUAAAUACGAUGAUAGAUCCUGCUUUAGGUUCUUUGGGUGCUCAGAUUGUCUUGGCUGCGUCCAGUGAUGAGAAUCAUCCUCCAGAAAACAUUAUUGACGGGAACACUGAAACAUUUUGGAUGUCCACUGGAAUGUUUCCACAGGAGUUCAUAAUCCGCUUCGCUGAAUCUAUGAAAAUUGCCCUUGUGACAAUGCACUGUUAUAAUGUUAAGACUCUUAAAAUUGAGAAGAGCAUCUCAGAUGAUGCUACUGACUUUGAAGCUAUUUCAGAAAAAGAAUUUGAACACACAGAGGGGCAUCUUCAAACAAAUGAUAUUCCACUAAAUGGAACGACUGCAACACACUUGCGCUUCAUCGUUACCUCUGGAUAUGACCAUUUUGUCUCGGUACACAGGGUCAGUGUAGAGUGAAAUAUAUAGUACCUUCUCAUAAUGUACAGCUCUACUUAUUAAGGAGUUUGUCUGAGUAUCUAAUAUGUUUUACAUUGCGUCAUUUUUUUAAAUACUUUUUUUGUAAUGAAACAGGAUUUAAUGUUACAUCACCUGAGGCACAAUUAAUAGUUUGUUUCAUUCUACCUGUUCACCAAAUCCAAAUUGCAAUACAAUCUGUUCAAUAAAUCUGACUACUGCUGUAAUCUGCUAACAGUUGCAUUUGAUCCAAAGCAUAUGGUGACAGUUGAUGUAAAGUAGAAACAAGGCAGUAUUCAAACUUCAAAGGUUCUCCAGCUGUAGAUGGAGUUGUUAAGGAUUUUCUAAACUCAUGCAUUUGUGUGCUGCAGAGGUAGCCUGGCCAAAGAUGGAUUUUCAGAAGACAUAUUUCCCUCAUUAAAAUGCAAAUCAAUUUAUAACAUUUUUGACAUGUUUUUCAGGAUUUUUUUGUUGUUAUUCUGUUUCUCACUGUUCAAAUAAACCUACC